UCUUUUACGCCCCACAGACUCACAGUGGGAGAGUCUGCGCAGCUCAGUCAGUCAGCAGCACACAGAGAAACAGACGCCGAUGCGCACUUGGCCGAUUGACUUUUGACUUUAAACAAUGCAGAGCAGGACAGAAAAGUUGGAAAUUGUAUCUUUGGGGACUGGACUGGCUGGGACUUGGACAGCAGCUGUGCGCCAACGAAUGUGCGUCCAUGUGAUGGUUCCCCUGCAUUCCUAGGAGAGUCAUCUGAAGAGCUGGGAGAAGACGCGAACAGCCGGACUGCAGCCAACAGAGAGAAAUCCAUAAAUCCUUUUUUUAUAUAUUGGAUUUACCACAGCUGGAAUAUCAGUUUAACUUUCGUUUUAAGACAGCUUCACUGUAUAAGGCACACACUGGAGCCUACUUUUGGAGACGUUGGAUCUGUUUUACGCACGGGAUUUUCUCAACAAAUGACAACCUGUGUUCGCACCACAUCUCUCCUCCUUCAUCCUCUCAGGUCUUUUUACCACAUAGACCCAAAUCAUCGCCACCCGCUGCAACAGCUUUGACAAAGGAGCCUCAAAGGUGACCCUCCGUGCAUCCAAACGCACCAGCGUGCGGCUGAGAAUGCGGGAAGGAGGAAUCCCGAUGUCGGUCCCCGUGGUUUUGACUCUGCUUCUGGUCGUCAUAGACGUGAAGGCCAGCGGGGAAUACUGUCACGGGUGGCGAGACCCACAGGGCGCCUGGAAGGACGGGUUCCAGUGCCCGGAGAAGAUCGACGGGGUUGACGCGAUCAUCUGCUGCGGGAAGUGCGAGCUGCGGUACUGCUGCGCCAGCACGGACGCACGGCUGGAUCAGGGCAGCUGCGAGAACGACAAGCUGACUGAGGUACCAGGGACGGAGAGCAAAGAGAACAAGGACUCCAGGGCAGUGCCCAUCUACGUGCCCUUCCUGAUCGUUGGAUCUGUGUUUGUGGCCUUCAUCCUGGUGGGUUCUGUGGUCGCCGUGUGCUGCUGCCGCUGCCUCAGACCCAAGCAGGAGCUCUCCUCAGCUGGUGCCUCAGGAGGCGGGACCAGCGGCGGACGCCUCCUGGAAACGAUCCCAAUGAUGGCCAACAGCUCCAGGGGUUCAUCAUCUCUGCAGUCCAGCACGGCCACCUCGUCCAGCUCUUCGGCUCCGCCCGCUGGGACCCGCACUGGUCCCGCUCCCCUGAUGCGGGCUCAGGCCUCCUGCUGUCUGCCCCCUGACGCCAGCGUCUUUGUGAACAUGCCCACUAACUUCUCGGUUCUUAACUGCCAGCAGGCCACCCAGAUCAUGUCCCACCAGUCACAGUUCAUGCACCCACAGUACAUCGGCUACGCCCACCCUGUGGCCCCUACGGCAGCCUUUUUAGACCACAGCCAGGGGGGAUACAGACACCUCCAGUCGCCAUGCCCUCCUCCAACAGCCGGAUCCAGUGCAACCAGUGACAAUAAAUCCCCUCCAGUGACAGUGUGAUGACGGAAGGGUGUCAAACCUGCAGACCACUCCGCACUUUGUUGGAGCAGGGACGUUUGGGCUCCCAUCCAAAAUGGAGAAAGGAAAGGAAAAAAGAAUAAUGAGUCCGACUCACAUGAAGGACUUUUAAAGCUGUUGCUAGUCUGGACCCUGCCCUGCUAUUGUUUGGUGUGUGGUGUUCCAUAUGAUUUGUUGGCUAAGUUUAAUUGAGCUAAGCUCAACCCAUGACUGGAGGGUUAAUGGAUCCAUAAGAACUUCUCUGCAAACUGAAUGUUUAAGGGUUUAUUUACCACAGGCCAGGUGGAUAACAAUGCACAGUUCAAUGCAGUCCAACAUGCAGCUCCAAUUAACACUGCAUGUUUUUCUGUGUGCACGCACUUGUAUACUAAGUGUGAAUAGAGAUUUUCUUGGCUUGUAUGUGCAGGAAUGAGUGAUGACUGUUUGAUUUAUUGUAUGAAAAAUGAAUCUUAGAGCAAAAACAACCAAAAAAAAAAGAACAGGACCACAUGCUUUGUUUUGGCACCGCGCACAUCUGUGGCUGUGAAUAAAUGCGAGUGGGUUUAUGCGGCAUGGUAUGGUUUGUUUGUGUUGAAAUCGCGAGGAGAGAAAGCAUGUGGAUAGAAGUUCAGCCUGAGCCCCCAAAGCGAGGACGGAUGUGGUCUCAUAUGAGUAACUGUGAGUGAACUGGGUGUAAUGGGAAAUGCAGGUGGUGUGAUGUGUAAGGCUCUUGCAAUCUCCCAGCAGACCUUUUAAAAUCUAAUGAAGUGAACACGGGACGCAGACUGUGACGCUCCACCCUACUAUACAUCCACACUCCAUCUCUUUCAAACACCACCCAGAGAGAGAAAAAAGAAAAAAACAGCCCCGAGCGGAAACACACUCACAUACCCCCCCACAAAUAUGGCCAAAUUCACACAAGGCCGCUGGUUAAUGUACCUGUAAGUGUUACUGAGUGCAAAUACAGAGAAAGGAAUCUGAAAGUCUAAACCACAUUUGUUCCUGUGAGAGGCAGUGGGAACCUUUGAUAUGGGUCACAUGGGCGACUGCCCAGGGAGGCAUUAGAAAGGUGGGUGCAUGAGCUCUGGAUCAAAAUAAAUUUAUUCUGCCUUAACUGAGCAGGGAUUCUAUUGCUUUAAAGCUUUUGCAGCCAGUGGGGAGAAAAGGGAGACUAGUUUACAGUGUUUCUGAAGGACUGCCAUGCAUUUUAUUUUGCCUCAGAAUCUAAUUUUCAAAUUUUGAUUGGCAACGGUGAUAUAUAGGUGUAUGUGGUUGUGACAAACACUGCACGGUUCAGUGAACUAGCGUAGGAGUAGCUCCAGGCCAGGUUUAAGCCACAGCUUUCCACUUGAAAAAGGCACGGAAGUGGCACUUAUUGGCUGUGAGUUAGGAAAAAUAUGCAAAACGUGCUUAAUUUGCAGCCAUUCUGUGUGUGCGUGUGGAGCAGAGCAACAUACAUUUCAGUGGGAACGUGCAGCUGCACAGAGGGCAACAUGUUUGUGGGCCGCAUCACUAAUCCAAGCUCACCCUAAGGUUGAGUAGGCAGCUUGUGUGAGACAAACAGUGGUCCUGAUUCUCUUUGAAAUAAUAUAUAAAGCAAAGAGAGGUGAUGCUUUUUUUAUAUGAAUGGAGUAAAAAUAAACCUUUUAAAACA